AGACAAUAUUAUUAGUGAGCAGCUCUAUGAUCUCCUCACAAUCUCCAGGGAAUGAGCAGUAGCAGCACAAGGUGCCCCCAAGUGUGAGUGAGCAGUCUGGGAGUCUGUGGGCGGCUUCCUCUUCCCCUCACUCCUCCUCUUCCCUGUGUGGCUCGUGCCUGCCCUCAGCUCCUUGUCCUGCCUGUGCCGCCGCCUGGCUGCUCCGUGUCUCGGGCUGAGGCUUGUGCUCUUGUCUGCGGGAAGAACAGGAAAUCAAAGUGCCUCCAUAAUGGAAGUGGAUAUUAAUGGCGUUAAUAGGACUAACAAUUCAGUUCCCAGUACAGCAGAAGGGAGUUCUCCGUCCAAGCCAGAUCCAGAGAAACCUCGCUGCUCUAGCACACCUUGUUCUCCAAUUCGCCGGACUGUGUCGGGCUAUCAGAUCCUGCACAUGGAUGCCAAUUUCUUGGUUGGCUUUACUACCGGCGGGGAGCUUUUAAAACUAGCUCAGAAAUGUGCAACCACUGAAGAAACUCCUGGCGAGUCAUUGCCAGCUUUUCGCUCCAAGCAGUUGGAAUCUGGACUUUCUCGCUCGUCUCGGAUAUACAAAGCAAGAGGGCGGCAGUUCCAGCCAUAUGAUAUCCCGGCCGUCAAUGGAAGAAGACGAAGGCGAAUGCCAAGCUCAGGUGAUAAGUGCAAUAAAGCUGUUCCAUAUGAACCUUAUAAAGCUGCCCAUGGCCCUUUGCCACUUUGUCUACUUAAAGGUAAAAGAGCCCACUCAAAGUCUUUGGACUACCUCAAUCUAGAUAAAAUGAACAUCAAGGAGUCUGCCGACACGGAAGUGUUACAGUAUCAGCUUCAGCACCUUACUCUGAGAGGGGAUCGUGUGUUUGCCAGGAAUAAUACAUGAAGACACUUGAGUCAUUUAGCUCCAAUAAGUCCACGUCACUGCACAGAGAAUCACUGGUCAAAACGAUAUUGUGCUAUACUAUGUGUGUAAUAGGUUUUUCCUUGCAGUGGAGGCAAAGCUAAGGUUAUAAUAUAUACAGUGCUGCACCUCAACAUAACUGGAAACCAGGUAGAUCUGGAAUACGGAACAUCGUUUCUGUCACUAGGUAAUCGGGAUUGGUUAAGAUCAAGCCAUUCUGACUAUCGCUCUCUUGGAUUUCGACAGCACCGUAGUAACUACUAUAUGAUUUGCUUCAGGCAGGAGAAUAUUCAUCCUAUCAAAGCUCCUAUGAAUUUUACACUAGAACUAAUGAUGUGGGUAGUCAAGUGGAGUUUAGUAUUAAUUUAAAAUAUAUGUUGGUGAAUAAGUCUUAUUUUGGUACUGAAUAAAUUGACUUUGUUUUUGUUAAAACUUUUGGUAACUAAAAAGUGGAUUUGGGGCAUUUCAGAGUUAGGUGGAUGAUGAUUUAGCGUAGCGCAGUUGUGUACAAUAUACCCAGCACCUUUGAUCUUGAUUGAACUUGGUUUGUUUCAUGUGUCGACAUUGUUCUCUCCUUUUGUGAAUUCGCACUAUUUUUAAUGAAGCCAUCGUUAUUGAAAUGACUAAAUUAAUGCAGUUUGAGAUAUGACUAAAUAUGUGGAUCUGAUCAGCAUGAGAUAUAUAUAUAUAUUAUGUACAUAAACCAUAUUAGCAGUAGACAAUAGAUUAUGACACAGGGUUUACCACUUGACAUUUCCUAGGACGUGCCCUGUAUAUGAAGUGCCCUGUAUAUGAAGUGCCCUGUAUAUGAGGCUGCCAGUGAGUCUCAUGUCUGCAGUACAAUACCCUUUUGCAGAUCAAUUUACCCUACCCGGAGGCUGUGGGCGAAGCCUAAAGCACGCUGGCAUUUUUAGCAUAGUUACUUGGCCGCCAGUAGGAUUGUCUCAUUACGUUCUCACCAAGACUUAAAGGGAUUCUGUCAUGAUUUUUAUUUCUAAAUUACAUUGUUUACACUGCAAAUACUACCAUGUAACAUUUUAUUCCUGAACCAGCAAGUGUAUUUUUUUAGUUCUAAUAUUGGUGUGUAGGUCAUUUCGCCUGGUCAUGUGCUUUCAGAAAGAGCCAGCACUUUAGUAUGGAACUGCUUUCUGGCAGGCUGUUGUUUCUCUUACUCAUUGUAACUGAAGGAGUCGCAGUGAGACUUUUAAUAUUGAGUGCUGUUCUUAUAUCUUAUCUUGUGUCAGGGAGUUUUUAUCUGGUUACCUUCCCAUUGUUCUGCUGCUGGGGAGGAAAGGGGAGGGGAUGGUAUGACCCCAACUUGCAGUGCAGCAGUAAAGAGUGACUGCACAAGUCACGUGACUGAGAGCACCCGGGAAACUGACAAUAUGUCUAGCCCCAUGUCAGAUUUCAAAAUUAAAUACAAAAAAGGCUGUUUUGAAAAAUGGAUUUCAGCGCAGAAGUCUGCUGGAACAGCACUAUUAUUAACUGAUGCUUUUUGAAAAAAAAAAAACAUGUUUUCCUGUGACAGAAUCCCUUUAAGGUAUCCAUGCUAUUGGCCCAUAAGUAUCAGAAGAGGGUGCACCAGCUUCCAUCCGAGUGACAUCCCUGUUUAUUUAUUUACAGUCCCAUUAAUUCUGCAUGCACGUUAUCAUGUGAUCAGUUGGUUUCACUUUUACACUGGAAACCAAAUGUAACAAUUGCAUCUGACUGCCUUGAACAGUAAUUGCAUGCAGUGCAACCACCAGCUCCAAUACACGGGAGAUGUGAACAUGUUCUGUAUAUACAAAGCCCAUGAGCUGAUCCUUUGGCUCCUUGCGUAAGAAUACCAUAAUAAUGUAUGCAUUUAUAAUACUUUGUCGCAUAACCACUGGAUGUGUAUCCCUAUAUCUGUAGGUGCAGAACUAUACAAUGAGGCUGUUUUUUCCAUUCUCUGUUCAGAUUGGAAUAAAGAUAUGCACCACUCUCAUGACUUCACAUGUACAAGCGGGUUCAUUUAAGGCUUAUUUAUGGGCCAAAUGUGAAAAGAGGCUGAUUUUUAAGGAAGGGACCUCCCAUUACAUUGGAAUCAUUUAUUUUUCCCACCUGACAUUCUAACAUUCCCUGUCAAAAAAAAAAAAAAAAAAAA